AAGAAUUAUAUAGUAAUAUUUUAUAGUUAUUCUUAUUACUUAUUACAAAAUAAUUUUUAAACUAAAUAUAAAAAAAUUUAUCAUGAUAAAAAGUAUAUGCAAGUUGGUUAUGAAAAAUGAGUGAGAUAUCACUCACAUAAUUAUAGACUAUCAUAAUACAAUAUCAUCAGUAUCAUAACAUAAUUGAUAAAUUAUAGAUGAUAAAUCACCAGAUGAUAACCAUAUGGUUAUAAAGCUUAUAAUUGUUAUCAUAAUAAAUUAUUUUAAGUCAUUGGUAAAGUUAACUCAUGAUUGAACAAAAUUGAAAUUUGUUGCAUACAAAUGAUAUCAAUUAAAUUUUUUUGCUUAAAAAAGAAGCAAGUAACUAAUUUUCUCUGGAUGUUCUUUUUUUCAUUUAAGAAAUAACUCAACGUGACAUUAUAUGGUAUUAUGGGUCCCAAAAAGAAUAUGUGUGUGUUUCGUGGUGCAGCGGAAAACUAUAUAGAAUCAAACUUUGCAUUGUCUUUGCAAGUAGACAACAAUUGUAAAAAUGGGCAUAUUCUGUUUGUAUUCGUUAGCAAUAAUGAAUCACAUCAAUUAACUAUUGAGCAGGUCAAUAAACUUUAUGGCUUCAAUAUUUGUUACAGUCAUACUAAACUUCUUGUUAAUGUAUCAAAAAAAUGGGCUUGCAAUUUUUUAAGAGAUUCAAAACAUUUUGUUGACUUCUGCAACGAGCCUUUUAUUUGUCAAGCAGCAACAUUUCCAGCAACAGAUUCAUUUCAGUCAGGUCCAAGUUCAAGAAAAACUGUUUCGUAUUUGUCAGUUGCCUCAUCUCCUAAACAUAAAAGUAUUUUGUCUUCACCUAAUAAAAAAAGUGCUUUGUUAUCCAGCUUAAGAGCUGACCAGUUGACUCCAAGAAAAAAACUCCUCAAACAUAGAUUAAGUGUUUUUGCUACUGAAAUUGCUACCCAAAAACGAAAGCAUAGAGAGGAUGUAAAGGUGUUAAAAGAAAAAAUUAAAACAAGGCCAAGAUUUAAACAUCUCAAUGAGACUAUUGCUCGCAAAGAAAAGACAAUUCGAAGUUUGGGGAAUAAAUUAAAAGUUCAACGUCUAAACUUACAGCUGAAUAAGCUUCAAAUUUCAAAUUUUCGUUUGAAAAAAGAACUGCAAUUCACCCAAACAAAGCUGUCUAAUGAAGAAGUUAUCUUACGUCAACAACUUGCUGACAAGAAUGUAGAGAUUAAUGUCCUGCAAAAUGAUAUGCUUAUUUUACAGGAAAAGAUAGAGCAAAUGCAGCAGAAAGUACAAAGCACCAGAUGUAAAAAAGUCUACUCAUCUGAUAUUAGGGCACUUAUCUAUGACAUGCUAGCAUGUCAAGUUCCUACACACAGUGUGCCCCAACUUCUUCAUAAAGUAGGAGAACACUUUGGGUAUAGAUUUAGUGACAUUCCACAUCGCAAAACUGUGGAGCAGAUGAUGCGCGAGCUGGGUAUUAUUUCAGAACUCCAGGCUGCUGAGAUAGCAUUCUCAACAAAAAAUUUGACUUGGUUUUGAUGCCACAACCCAGGAGGGUGUUCAUGUCAAUGUUGUGCACUUAACAAAUGAAUCUUCGUGCAUGGUUGUAGCCAUUGACCAGCUUGCUGGUGGUACAUCUUAUGACUAUAUGAAUCAUAUUACAAAGUCUGUGGAUAAUCUUGCUAAGUUGUAUAGUGACUUUUACCGGAAACAAUAUGCUGAUGUGAAACAAUAUAUAUGAUCUUAUUAAAUGUUCAGUAAUUGAAUUACUGAACAUUUAAUAAGAUCUACAUAAGACCUAUGAUGCCAACUUACGAUGGAACUUCGCCAAAUAUUAAUAAGAUGAACAAUUGUGGAACAAAGUUUUAUUUACUGACGAGAGUAAAUUUUAUAUUUUCGGACCUGAUAGGCGUGGAAAAAUAUUGAGAAAAAUAAUACAGAACUAGAAAAAAAAGAUUUAAUUCCGAUGAUGAAACAUGGAAGUGGAAGUGUGAUGGUCUGGGGAUCGAUGGGUGCAGCUGUAGUGGGGACUUCGGUAUUUAUUUCCGCUGGAUGUAUAUUUAGCGUUAUAAAAUAUAAUUCGAAAUCGCAUGCUUACAAUAUUAAAGUUGUGAAAUAAUUAGAUAUUUCCACUAGAUUAUGAUUCGAAACACACUGCUCAUGUUGUAAAAUCAUGGUUUCUCUACAAUGUUCCAAAACAACUGCAUCCCCAAUCACCAGACUUUAACUCAAUAGAGCACGUGUGAAAUUAUUUUGAAAGACAAGUCAGGAAACAGAAUAACAAAUGUUAAUAUGCUUUAAAAUAUCUCACUAGAAUCAUGGAAUAAAAUACCGUCUUCUUAUACCAAAAAACUAUUGUCAUCGAUGAACAGAAGAAUAAAAGAAAAAACUUGUCUAAAUGCCAAAGGAUAUUCAACAAAAUACUAAAGAUUUUUUUAUUUUUCAUAUUCUUGUGUUUUUUAUGAUUCUUGUUUAGUGUAACUUUUUAGUGAACUUAUAAAACUUUUUUGACAUAAAAAUUCAAUAA